UCCAUCCUUUUUCCUAGAAAUAGAAGGUUAAAUUAUUACAGAGCCAGCCAAGAGCAGGAAAUACCUCCAAAAGCCAAAUACAGCAUUCUUUCAUUUUCGACUACGUUCUCCGUCCUUGUCCGUCUCCCUCUCUGUAUCAACAACAGUAACAAACCGAUCAUCCUUUUCACUACCUCCUAAACCGGCGAUUCGUCCCGAUAUUUCGGUCUCGCCAGUGUGCUAUCCGCAUCCAUCCUUCGCCGAUUCAUAGGAACACCUCCAUGUCCGCGUUCCACUUCGCUCUUAUUCAACCGUCAAUCAUCCGAACGCGACGUCGUUUUCUUCUUUCGAAUUGAAAAGCACAAAUCUGAUCAGCUAUUUCGAGUUUGUUAUCAUCUACUAGACUGAAUCAUCAAGAGCCAAAAGAAAAAUGAAGGGCCUUGUUGGGAUGAGCUGGGUGUAAAACUGCAGUUGAAGUGAAAGGAUUAAGAUGGGGAUUUUUGAUGGGUUGCCUGUUCCUCCUGACAAAGCAUAUUUAAGAGAAGAGCUUUCAAGAAUAGAUGAGAGUUGGGCUGCUGCACGUUUUGACUCAUUGCCUCAUGUUGUCCAUAUUUUAACCUCAAAAGAUCGCGAAGCCGAAGCCCAAGUUUUGAAGGAGCAAAGUGAUGUUGUUGAGGAUGUCGUCGAUGAAGUUGUGCAAUCUUAUCAUAGUGGCUUCAAUAAAGCAAUUCAAAAUUAUUCUCAGAUCUUGCGGUUAUUCAGUGAAUCUGCUGAAAGUAUCACUGCAUUAAAGAUUGAUUUGGCUGAAGCAAAGAAACGUCUUGGUAACCGGAAUAAGCAAUUGCAUCAGUUGUGGUAUCGGUCUGUUACACUACGACACAUAAUCUCUCUUUUAGAACAAAUUGAAGGCAUUGCUAAGGUUCCGGCUCGUAUUGAGAAACUCAUUGCUGAAAAGCAAUUUUAUGCAGCAGUUCAAUUGCAUGCUCACUCAUCAUUGAUGCUUGAGCGAGAAAGUCUUCAAACGGUUGGUGCUCUUCAAGAUGUGCGAUCUGAGCUGACAAAGCUGCGAGGAGUUCUCUUCUAUAAAGUUUUAGAGGAUUUGCAUGCACAUCUUUACAACAAGGGAGAACAUGGCUCAGUUGCCUCAAGCAUGCAUGAGAGAUAUGAUGAAUUGCCGACUACCGUAGCUGUUACUUUUACUAUGAGCAAUUCACAAUCUCUAUCUCGAAGAACGAAGUUGAUGAAAGGUGACAAUCAUAGCUUUGCUGAUGGAUCAUACAGGCCAAGCUCUAUUGAUGGAAGUUCAUUUGAUGGUCCUGAUGAGGAUCUUGAUAUAUCUGAUGAGGCAACGCCCGAUGGGCACAUUGGAUCAAUGAGAGCAAAUGGUGGCAAUGGGAACAUGAAGGACAUUAAAAUUGUUUCUCAUCAAAUACCAAGUUGGCUUUCAAAUUCUACUCCAGAUGAAUUUAUUGAAAUUAUUAAAAAGAGUGAUGCUCCACUUCAUGUGAAGUAUUUGCAGACCAUGGUUGAGUGCCUCUGCAUGCUGGGCAAAGUUGCAGCUGCUGGUGCAAUAUUAUGCCAAAGGUUGCGUCCUACAAUUCAUGACAUCAUCACUUCCAAGAUAAAAGCUCAUUCAGAACUUGUCAACUCUUCAAGGUCUAGCAAUGACCAAACUGCCCAAACCAGAGGUCUUCAUUCUGUGAAAGGACAACUAGAAAGCUACCAGUUGUCAAAACAGAAGCGUCAGAAUGGGAUGUCAUUGUCACGGACACUAUUGGCAGUAAGCCCUGUCUCACCAGUGAUGGCUCCCACAGGGAAAGCACAGGCUGCUGCAAAAGAGCUUCUUGAUUCAAUUUUGGACAUUGUUGUUCGAAUAUUUGAGAAUCAUGUCAUUGUUGGAGAGCUUCUGGAAGUAAAAACUGCUCAGAAUGGUGACAUGAACACACCAAGGUCGUUGACAGCAGAUGCAAAUUGGAGCCCAGAUUCUGAAGCAUCUCAAGUUACUGGAGGUUACAGUAUUGGCCUUUCCUUGACAGUUUUACAGAGUGAAUGCCAACAACUCAUAUGUGAAAUUCUGCGAGCUACUCCUGAAGCUGCAUCUGCAGAUGCUUCUGUACAAACUGCUAGACUGGCGAGCAAGGUCCCUUCCAAGGGAAAAAAGGAUGGGUCAGAAGAUGGGCUCGCCUUUGCUUUUCGCUUCACGGAUGCAACUAUAUCUAUUCCUAACCAAGGUAGUGUUGAUCUCAUUCGUCAAGGAUGGAACAGGAAGGGUCCAAAUGUGUUACAAGAAGGCUAUGGGUCUGCUGCUGUCUUGCCUGAGCAAGGCAUAUAUCUAGCAGCAUCUGUAUACCGUCCUGUUCUUCAGUUUACAGAUAAGGUUGCUUCAAUGCUGCCGAAAAAGUAUGCCCAGCUUGGGAAUGAUGGAUUGCUAGCUUUUGUGGAGAACUUUGUGAAAGAUCAUUUUUUACCAACUAUGUUUGUGGAUUACCGGAAGGGAGUACAGCAGGCUAUAUCAAGUCCAGCUGCAUUUCGUCCAAGGGCCCAUACUGUUGCUCCAUAUACACCAUCAAUUGAGAAAGGUCGACCUGUCUUGCAGGGACUUUUGGCUAUUGAUUUCUUGGCAAAAGAGGUGCUUGGUUGGGCUCAAGCAAUGCCUAAAUUUGCUGGUGACCUUGUGAAAUAUGUACAAACUUUCCUCGAGCGAACAUAUGAAAGAUGUCGGACAUCAUAUAUGGAGGCAGUUCUUGAGAAGCAGAGUUAUAUGCUGAUCGGAAGGCACGAUAUUGAGAAAUUGAUGCGAUUUGACCCAUCAAGUGCAUAUUUACCAAAUUCAGUUGGUGAAUCAAACAUGGUAAACAGUGCUUCAGAUGCUGAAUCUUUAGAGAUCGAAUCAGAAUUGAAUGAAUUAUUAUUCAAUCUGCAACCUAUCAAACAGGAAAAUCUAAUUCAUGAUGAUAACAAGCUUAUUUUGCUGGCUUCCCUUAGUGAUUCACUUGAGUAUGUUGCAGACUCAAUUGAAAGGCUUGGGAAAAUAACCUCACGAUCACCAAAUCAAGUAGCAGAUAAGGGCAAGACACUAGCAUCAUUUGCUGAUGAUUAUAGAAAAUUGGCUAUUGACUGCCUAAAGGUUUUGCGUGUAGAGAUGCAGUUGGAGACAAUAUUCCAUAUGCAGGAAAUGACCAACAGGGUGUACUUGGAGGACCAGGAUGCAGAAGAGCCAGAUGACUUUAUUAUUUCACUCACUGCACAGAUAACACGUAGAGAUGAGGAAAUGGCACCCUUUGUUGCGGGAGUGAAGCAGAAUUACAUAUUUGGUGGAAUUUGUAGCGUCGCAGCAAGUGCAUCUAUCAAGGCGCUGGCUGACAUGAAGUCCAUUAACCUUUUUGGAGUUCAACAAAUAUGCCGAAAUUCAAUUGCGCUGGAACAGGCUCUUACAGCUAUUCCAUCAAUUGAUAGUGAAGCUGUACAGCAGAGAUUAGAUCAUGUCCGAACAUAUUAUGAACUGCUAAACAUGCCAUAUGAGGCCUUGCUUGCUUUCAUCACAGAACAUGAGGGCUUGUUUACAGCUGCAGAGUAUAUCAAUCUUUUAAAGGUCAACGUCUCAGGGAGAGAAACCCCCCCAGAUGCACAAGAUCGAGUAUUGUACAUUUUAUCUCAUUAACUCUUUCAUUGGUGGGAGGAGGAUUAUUUUGUUGUGAAAAUCCAAGCGGUUCAUUAUUAAUGUUGCUUCACAAAUGUAUAGAACCGAUAAUUUACUUGUUUCAAGUUUGUGGAUACGGCCAGAUGCAGAAAGCGAGUUUCAUGGAUAUCACCUUCCAAGUAUGCAGAAAGCCACUCUGUGUUGAAUUCUUGGGGUAUAUUGCAGAGGUAAGGGGCUUGUCAAUGCUUUUGUUAUUGUAGCGUCUUGUGUAGUAAUAUUAUUUUUGUAUCCGUCUUUCCUUGGACCAGGGUUGAGUACUAGCUAGAAAAAUAAUUGAUUUAUUUUUCUUUUUACUUUGUAAAUCAUUCGUGUUAUUAUUUUCCCCAGAUCCUCUUAGCACUGAAAGUCUAGUUAUUAUUUUUAAUAAAAUAAAAUAAAUGCUAGGCAUCGAACUUGUUUA